AGUGUAAGGGUAGGAAGUAGCGGUUAGCCUCAAUGUUAUAUACAGAGGUGAGAGUCACUUUGAGUCCAUUACCAUGUUCUUGAAAAACAACGUGUUUUAAAAUGCGUCUUCGACUUAUUUUCAGAAAUGCCACAGAAAGAUCCUUGUCAAAAGCAGGCAUGCGCCAUCCAGAAGUGUUUACAAGCUAAUAAGUACAUGGAGAGUAUGUGCGAGGAGGUGAUCCGAAACAUGCGGCGGUGCUGUGAAGUGCACAGGGGAAACUCGACCUGCUGCUCCGGUUUUAAUGAUUCCAAACCGACUGAAAACAAGAACGAAACAUAAAUCCACCCGUUCUCCUUUACGUGGUGGUAGAAAGCUCCACUGCAACAAUAUAGCAGACCUCAAACAAGGCGAUGCAAACAGAAGGAAUCCUUUCAUCAAGUGUCUCACUUGUUCUUGCUGGUGUCUCUCCAGCAGUUAGUUUGUAGGCGAAAGGCAGGGCUCAACCUGGACAAACAGCCAGUCCAUCACUGGGCAGCAAAGAGACACACAUGCACACACUUAAUACCCGAUGUAAAUGUAGACAGACUGAAUAACCUAACAGUUAUGUUUAUUGUACUGUGGGAGGAAGCUGGAGUACCCAGAGAGAACCAGCGAAUGCACGAGAGACCAUGCAGAAAGACCCAAGACAGGGAUUUGGACCCAAGACCUUCAUAUCCCUACUUUUUUGUUAGGUUUCUGAAAUUUAUGCAGCAUUAUAUAAAAAAAUAUAUAAGGAAGAUAUGGGGGAAUUAUUUUUUUUUUGGCCUUUUAAAUCUUGCUCAUUUGUAAACAUAACAAAAAUUGUUCAAAUAAAAUAAAACAUUUUGCCAAAGUAUCUUCUAGUCUUCUUACUGAAUUUACAAUUUGAAGUUAUUUGUUCCAUACCCAAAAGUGGCAAGCUUACUCCCUCAACUAAUUGAACUAAUUGGAAUUAAAGUUUAAUAUGGAAGGUAUAAAACUUUUAUUUAUAUUUUCUAUAUAUUUUUGCCAUUAUUAAAUGUGUACUUUUUAUUAACUGACAAACUCUUGUGUAAUUGACAAAAUACAGUAUGAAAAUCUGGACUUUACGUUUCUUUUUGGAAAUUUUUGGUGGUACCACUCUUUUUUCUCAUUUUUUGGGGAGGGGGUUUUUGAUGCUUUGGAUUUUUCGUUUUGGAUUGGGACUUUGGAUUAAAAUGGAGAAAUUCUCCCAGGAUAUGGAACUCUUUUGUGGACAAUAUUUGCAUUAAAAAGGAAAGGGAAUAUUUGGACAUUUAUCCAUUUGGGUUUCUUUAUUGACAUGAAUUGAGCGAAUUAAAUCUAACCUUAACUUAUUUUUGAGGGAUUUUUUUGGUUACUGAUUUAUUUAUUAGGAUAACUAUUAUUAUUUUCUUAGUUUGUGGUUUUUGUAAUAAAUCAUUGUGGCUAAAAGUCAACAAAAUUUCAUACUGAGUGGUUGACUAUUUUUGUGUCAAAUUUACUGGUGUAACAUAUUUUACCUGAUGCCUGUGACGUAUCCCCCUUGAGUGUAUUUGUGAGUUCAGCUUUAAAUAGAAGCUGAUUGUUACAAAGGUAUAUAAUGGAAGGU